AUGCCUAAAGACAUGGGUAGAAUCAGUCAUUUGAUGGACCUUCCCACCUGUGAACUCCACAGACUUGGUGAGAUCGCAGAGCUGGUGGCUUCUGUUCGCCUCUCACGCAUCCGUAAGAAAAAGCUAGCGCUGGCCUUGAGGAAUGAAGGCUAUAUUCCAAAGCUGCUACAGCUUUUCCAAGUCUGUGAGAGUGUAAAGAACACUGAAGGCUUGCAUCUUCUCUUUGACAUUGUGAGAGGAAUUUUGUACCUGGACAAAGCCAUUCUGUUCGAGGUGAUGUUUUCUGAUGAGUGUAUUCUGGGUGUUGUUGGAUGCCUUGAAUAUGAUCCUUCUUUGGCUCAGCCAGGAUGGCACAGGGAAUUCUUGACCAAAACAGCAAAGCUUCAGGAGGUUAUUCCCAUCAGAGACCCUGAACUCAGGCAAAAAAUCCGCCAGACAUCCAGGGCACAGUACAUUCACACCAUCAUCAUGCCUAACCCAUCAGAUGUUGAAGUGGGUUUUCUUUCUACCCUCAAUUCCUUCAUCAGCUCCAGCAAAGAGGAGAUUUUACAUGCAUUGCAGAAAGAUGAGGAAUUUUUGCCUGAAGUUUUUGCACAAUUAACAAAUGGAGCUACAGCUGGUGAGCAACAAUGUGAAUUGAUGAAGUUUUUCAAGGAAUUCUGUGCCUUUUCUUUAACAUUACCUGAGAAAAGAGAUGAAUUUCUUCAAACUUUGUCAAAGUUGAGAUUUCUUCCAAUUCUUGAAAUGUUAAUGGGAAUGGAUGAUGUGCAAGUUAGAUCUGCUGCUACAGAUAUAUUGUCUUAUCUAGUAGAAUUUAGUCCAGCCACCAUCCAAAAAUUUGUAAUGCAAGAGGCCCAGCAGAGUGAGAAUGAUACCCAACUCAUCACUGAGGUCAUUGAGCAGAUAAUCUGUCGUCCUGACCCUGAAUUUGGAGGAGAUAAUCAGUUAAUGGAGAUUUUGUGUGCUCUGAUUGAUCCAAAGAAAAUGCUGGCCACAGCUAGUAGUUUAGAAAUAUUCGAAUUUCUCGAUAUCUUCUACGACCGUUACAUUCAUGUUCUUACAGCACCGCUUCUGGCUGAUACAUCAGAAGAAUGGUAUGAAAUAGAUAAUUAUCAAACAGCAGAAACACUUGCCUCAGUUUUGGAGCUGCUGUCUUUUUGUGUGGAACGGCACAAGUAUCACAUGAAGAUUUUCAUCAUCAAGAAAGAUCUCCUAAGACGAACAUUGGUCUUGAUGAAAUCCAAACACAAAUUUCUGGCCUUGUGUGCUCUUCGCUUUCUGAGGAGGAUAAUUGGCCUGAAAGAUGAACUUUACAACCGCUACAUCACUCGGGGAAACCUCUUUGAGCCAGUAGUAAACGCUGUGUUGGACAACAGGAAUAAGUGCAACCUGCUCAAGUCUGCCUCCAUGGAGCUGUUUGAAUUCAUCCAAAAGGAGGAUAUUCAGAUCCUUAUUGCACAUAUAGUUGAGAACUUCUCUGAUGCACUGGAAUCUGUCAAAUACAUUCACACAUUCCAGGGACUGAAGACAAAAUAUGAGCACAAAAAAGACCAGCAAAACAAGCAACUGAACAGCAUCCCCGUCACGUUGGCUGGUGAGACAUUUGUCAAAGAAGCAGCAGUCUCACAGGUGGAUGAAGAUGUGCAGCUCAGUGAAGAGAAGGCAGCACCAGCACCACCAGCAAGAUCCAGUGGCUCCUAUCCAAUGUACACAACCCAGAACACAGUGGAGAAAGCCCCCAAGAGAGGUCUAUUUGAAGUAUUUGGCUAUCCUGAUGGUGAAGAUGAUGGGACAUCACCAAAGAAAAGAGCUCGUCUGGACUCCUAA